AUGGCGCCGUGAAGCGCGCAGGCCGCCAAGCUUCCAACAAACAAUUCAACAGUCUCCUUACUUUCAAUCUGGCGAGCCGAAUGGCGGUAAAGGAAGGCGAGGAGACGGUUUCUCUGGUGGAUGUUUUGGAGGAGGACGAAGAGCUGGAGAACGAAGCCUCUGCUGUCUUAGGGGGCAGUGAUGCAGACCAGUGCUCCUUUCCACAGGGUUAUGUGAAACGACAAGCCUUGUAUGCCUGUAACACCUGCACACCAAAGGGGGGAGAGGCAGCGGGCAUCUGCCUGGCUUGUUCCUAUAAAUGCCACGAAGGCCACGAGCUGUUUGAACUAUACACCAAAAGGAGCUUCCGUUGUGACUGUGGAAACAGCAAGUUCAGAGAUCUGAAGUGCAAGUUUUACUCGGAGAAAGAACAGAUCAAUGGUGAAAAUAAAUACAGUCACAACUUCUUUGGUCUCUACUGUACCUGCAAUCGUCCUUAUCCCGAUCCAGAUGACCAGGUAGAAGAUGAGAUGAUUCAGUGUAUUAUCUGUGAGGAUUGGCUUCAUGGUAGGCAGCACCUGGGCUGUAUGGUUCCAGACUGUGUGGAGUUGCAGGAGAUGGUCUGUGAGUCUUGCAUGAACAAGCAUCCAUUCUUAUGGACCUACGCUGCCCACUUGGCAGUGCCCUGUGUCCCCAUAGCCAGUCCAGGUAUAAAGGAGGAGGAAGAGGGAGGAGGAUGUACAGAGGAGGCAUCAACGAGUACAGAGAAGGCAAAAGAAAAUAGUAUUGCAAGCUGUAAAAGAACCCAUCAGGAAAUGGAAGGCGGGUGCAAGCUUAAGGAGCUGCAAGCUGUUGGUCAGAAGAGAGACCAGUCAGGAGCUGUUUUCUGGCCCCCCAGCUGGCGAUCCAGACUCUGCUCCUGUGAUGGCUGCCAGAAUUCCUAUGCUGCUGCAGGAGUUUCCUUUCUUCUUGAUGAGGCAGACACCGUCCUCGCCUACGAAAACAAAGGGAAGAGCAGUGAGCAGGAGCAGAGAGGUCACGACCCCCUGAUGUCAGCCCUGGACAACCUGAACCAUGUUCAGCAGCUAGAGAUCAUUCAUGAAUACAAUGACAUGAAAACGGAGCUGAAGGACUUCCUGCAGAGAUUUGCAGCAGAAGGAAAGGUGGUGACUCCUGAAGACAUUCGUCAGUUCUUUGAGCAGCAGCAGAAUCGGAAGCGGCGCCGUGCCGACGCCGCCCAGUUCUACUGCAGCUGAUUCCCCUAGCCCACAUCAGAGAUCCGGUCUCCAGUCUGACACGUGUUCUAGUUAGUGUGUCAUUUGAUUCUGACUGUCUCAGCAAAGUUUUACUAUAACCGGUGGCUGUGGAAAAGAAUAAAAAGGUUAAAUGCAAAGCAGACAUUGUGUUUCUUAGACCUGCUGACUGUUAUUUUCUAUUUGGAAAUGGAGAAAUUUUAGGGUCAAGUUCAGCUCAGCCUCAGAGGUUUCCUAGUCUUCAAGUGUAAAAUUUUAGUUUCAUUUAUUCCUUGUCAGAACUACAAACUUUGCUGUCUUUUUAAUAAAACUUUGAAUCAUCAUGUGA